AGCGAGCCUGGGUUACUAUAGACAACCUCGUAGCAAUGCUGUAGUUGGCUGACACAAUGUGCCGCAGUGUCGGUUGUGACGCGUGCGCAGUGAUAUUAUCUUGUGAGGCUUGAGAAGGCUGGCCGAGUGGUCGGUUUAGACAAGAGAGAGUUUUCUGACGGAGACAGACGCAGAGUAGGGAGAGGGUGUGUGCCAGAUAUUGUGCUAGCGCUGCAAAUAAGUAUUAAGCUCUGUUAUCCAGUCUACAGCCCAUAGAAGUUUGUUUUUUCACAGGUUGAGGAUGCCGGAAACGGAGCUUACAAACAAAAUGCUGCGUGCGGUGCUGCAGUCCAACAAAAACGGGGUGUCCAUGUUGCGGCUGCAGUCAGAGUUCAAAUCCCUCACUGGGGAGUUCAUUCCGCACAAGCAGCUGGGAUACCCAACGCUGGAGGCUUAUCUCCGCAGUAUCCCUGCUGUGGUCAAGAUGGAGAUCACCAGGGCUGGUGAAGUGGUGUGCUUUGCCACCGUUUGUCGUGAAACGGUCCAUAUUGCGCAACUAGUGGCUCGUCAAAGAACCUCAAAGAGGAAAAGUGGUGGAUCCUUGAUGGUUAAUUGCCAGAUGAGGGUGAAGCGGGCCACUCCUUUUAUGCCAAAUGCAAAACCCAAGACGUCAUUACGACAGCCCGAAAACCUGCACCGUGGUAUGAGGCGGCAAACUCCACUGACCACAGGAAACAGAGGAGGAUAUGGAGCGUUUGGGCCAGCUCUAGGGAGACAACAGACAGAUACCAAAAUAACCCCCUCAUCUCAAGGAAGAACUCCUAAUGUGUUAUUGCAUAAACCCCCUGCCGCAGGAGACAGGAAGCCAUCUGAUGUUGACAGAGCCCAGGGAAUAGGACCAAGCAGAUCAGACAAGAGAUUGACUCUCCCUCCUAGAUUUCAAAGGGAUUUCCAGGUUCACCUUUCCAGAAACACCCAGCAAUCAAACGUUAACUUGAAUGAAAGCCUUAGUCCUGUGAGCCCUAGUACUCCUCCACCCAGCAGCUAUAAUGUUCAGUUGGUCCAGACUCGUCUGAAAGAGAUUCUGAGAAAAUUCAGCAAUGGGAUUUGGGUUUCCAAGCUGCCACAGCUUUACAGCAAGUUGUACAAUCAAGAGCUGCCUGCUGAUGCAAUGAAAGAGCUAGAACACUGGACCCAGAUUUGUACAGUGGAAAAGCCCUGUACCAGUGGUCUUUUGGAACUGCUUCUUUACCCAGCCAAGACCCACGCACAAACCAAAGCAGCGUUGAGCCAAGACAGAACAUCGCCUGUUUUUAAGAAGCCUGGUUCUCCCACACAUACGCUGCCUCCAGUAACCAGCAAACCAAGAGUGCCUCCAGAAAUUAAACUAAAGGUGGCCGAGCUACUUGUAAAAUACAGCAGUGGUCUUUGGGCCAGUGCCCUACCCAAGCUGUUUCAGGACGUUUACAAACUGAAGUUCCCAGAGUUUAUCCUAGACGACCUAUCGCUGCUGAGCGAUGUUUGCACAGCAGAUUACCCGAUGCCGGACAACACUAAGAAGGCUAUCCUUUAUGCCAAGGUGACAGAGGAUGAGAACCAGAACAAGGUGACACUCAAGGUCACUGAAACUGCACUUCAGAGGCUCAGCAUUUUGACUGUUCCACCACUGGUCAUCCCAAAUGAAGAAUAUCCUUCUGUGCUGGUAAUGGAAUCGAGCAAUACCAAUGAAGUCAUACUUCGGUACAUUGGGGAGGGUUACUCACAAUCUCAAGAAGCACUUGAGGAUGGCAUGAGAGAAUUUUACAGCCAGCAUAAAGAAAAAAUGGUCCUGCACUCUCUGGCUCCUGGGCAGCUGGUAGCAGCUCGAGCAGAAGAGGAGGAUGAAUUUUUACGAGCCAACAUUUGUGAAGUAACAGGAGACGGGGUGAAGGUGUACUAUGUGGAUCAUGGAUUUUUUGAGGUUAUCAGCAAAAGCAAACUCUGUGAACUUGACAACCAGUUUUAUACGUUGCCCUUUCAAGCUUCAAAAUGCAAAUUGGCAGGGCUUGAACCAUUCAGUGAGGAGCCUGCAGUAAUGAAAGUCUUUGAGUCCCUAGCCUGUGGAAAGAUAUUAUUGGCUGAAAUUUUAGAGAGACAUGAGGUGCCUCUUGUUGUCCUGUAUGACACGUCCCAAGAUGAUGAUGUCAACAUUAAUGCAGCCUGCCUGAAGGCUUUGCAGGACAGAACUCUGGAAAACAGUCUGAAGGCCAAUACUGUAUAUACAAACAUCACUGUGACACAUGUUUGUUCGGAUGGAACCAUUUACUGCCAGUUGCUUUCAAAGGGUCAGGCAAGACUGAAUGAAAUCUUGGACAAAACAGAAAGCUACUUCCAUUCCCGGGUUACCUCUGAAUUCUUGGUCUCCCAGCCAUUUUGUGGCAAAUGUUGCGUGGCUCGCUAUAAAGGAAAAUGGUCUCGGGUGGAGAUUACAAACCUGCAUGGCAGUCGCGUGGUGGACAUCCUGUUCAUUGACAUCGGUGUACCAGCAUCUGUGGAGGUGGUAGAACUCCGGGAGAUCCCACCUCCAUACCUCCAGGAGCUGCUCUCUGUUCCACCACAGGCAAUAAAGUGCUGCCUGGCAGAUCUGCCAGUCAGUGUUGGUUCAUGGACCCCAGAUGCAGUGCUCUGGCUGAGAGAUGCUGUGUUGAACUGCAGUGAUUGCAGCAUGAAGAUAGUCAGAUGGGAUGAAGCCAAGAGACAGGUGCACAUUUACCUGUUUACGUCCAAGAAUUUCUAUGACCAUGAAUGCAGCAUUAAUUUCCAGAUUGCUGACUCUGACUUAUGGAAGCACCAGAAAGAUGUCUUCUUGAGCACUAGUUCUGCGAGUCCGAGGAAAGAAAGCAGCCCAAUCUCUCAGCCUGAAGCUGGUGAUUGCCAAAUUGAUGAAAUUUCCCAGCUCCCCCCACUACUGGCUUUGCCACAGCCAGGUCAGAACCUGGAUAUUUACGUUUCCGUUGCUUGCCAUCCUGGAUAUUUUGUCCUGCAGCCCUGGCAGGAUCUGUAUAAACUGGAGGUUCUGAUGGGAGAAAUGAUCCUGUAUUACAAUAAAAUGGAUGGAAAGCCCAUUCACAUUGAAAAGAACCAAAUAUAUGCUGCCAAAGUGGAAAACAACUGGCAUCGUGUACUUGUGAAAGGAAAACUAAUUAAUGGCCUGGUAUCUGUAUAUCAGCUGGACUAUGGCCGACAUGAGUUGGUGAACUGUAUGAAGGUACAGCCCCUGAUUGAGGAGUUCAGGCAGUUGCCUUUCCAGGGAGUCACAGCUCAACUUGCUGGAGUGAAACAGAAGCAGUGGUCAGAAGAGGCCUCAAUAGUGUUCCGUAACCAUGUGGAGAAGAAACCACUUGUGGCACAACUGGAUAGUGUACACGAAAGCACACACCCCUGGGAGAGGAAAGUGGUGGUGUAUUUGGUGGAUACUUCACAUGAAGAAGCUGACAUUUGGAUUCAUGACAUAAUGUAUGAGUUUAUUGAGGAACUUUCCAAAGCUGCAUAAUGCUGUGCAACAGUUGAUGUGGAAAAAAAAACAAAAAAAAAAACAAACUUUGGUACAUUUAUCUAGCACGUGUUUAUAAAAAAAAAAAAAAAAAAAAGCCUAGAAAUAUACUUUUGUUUUGGAGCAUUGCUGUUAAUGUUUAAAAAUAGAUAAAAAUACAAAAAAGAAAUUUCAGAUGUUUAAUGACAGCAGAUGCUGGAAAUUUGUGGAAAUUCAUGUUAUAAAUAUGGACAUUUAAAUGGUUCUAGUUAUUUUGUAUGGAGGCAUGUAAUUUAUAAAUCCAUUGCCUACAUAGAACCCAAUUGACACUAGUUUACUAAUUGACUUGUAUAAAGCGUUAACUGAUUUAUCACAAGCAAUAAAAAUGUUUACAAGGUUUAGCAUAUUUAAAAAAAAAAAAAAAAAAGAUUGAAAAGCACUUUGUUUUGUUUA